AUGUUCAGGCCGCUACUCCGCUCUGCCCUCGGAGGCGCUCGCCGCGCCGGUGCUGCCUCGAGGUCCGCCGCGAAGAGGACGAUCAUGACGGAGGCUCGAUCUGGUGCUGGAAACAGGCGCGCGUUCGUCGGUGUUGCCGGCGCCGUCUUCCUAGCCGGAACCGCCGCCUACGCUUUCAGCCAGCGCGCUGAGGCCGACUCGAUCCCGACCCGCGUCGUGUCGCUGCAGGAGCUCUCGAAGCAUGCGUCGGCCAGCUCGCUCUGGGUUGCUAUCGAUGGCAAGGUUUACGAACGCACCCCGGAGGCGCCAAGAUUCUUCUCGACAACGCCGGCAAGGACGCUCUACAAGGGUAUUCACCCUCCGGGAACGCUCGAGAAGUACGCCGAGGUCGCCGUCUGCAUCGGCCGCCUGGACGAGAAUGCCAUCGAGGCCGCGAACCAGCAGACGCCCGAGGAGGCGCGCAUGCAGGCUGCCCGUGACGCUCUGUUCGGCAUCGACAGCGUUUCUUCUCUUAACGACUUCGAGGACGUCAUUCCGAUCCACGCGUGGGCUUACUACUCGACUGGAGCCGACAGCGAGGGCGGUGAGUCUCCAUCAUCUUCCGCCAGCUACGAACCACUUUGUGAGCUGACUCCAGCUCUCGCUGAGAACGCUGCCGCGUUCACUCGCGUCUUCUUCCGUCCCCGUGUCAUGCGCUGCGUCGGUGACGCGACCCCGGAGACCGAGAUUCUCGGCGUCAAGUCCAGCAUUCCUGUCUACGUCUCUCCGACGGCGCGCAACGGUCUCGGCAACCCCGAGGGUGAGGUCGCCGUCACCAAGGGUGUGGGCGAGGCUGGCGUCUUCCAGGUCCUUUCGCACUAUGCGAGCCGCAGUCUCGAGGAAGUCAAGGCUGCUGCGAAGGACGGUCAGCAGAUCGGCUGGCAGGUGUACCUGAAGCCCGACCGUAAGAAGUCGGCCGAGGAGAUCGCCGAGGCCGCCAAGGCUGGCGCGCACUCCAUCUGGGUCACUGUCGACACUACGAUUCGCGAGGCUGAGCGCCGCAUUCAUGCCGACCUGAACCCGACGCCGCACGGCGCACCGCUCACCCGCCAGACCGGCGCAUACAAAUGGAUGACGUCGUUCUCGCGAAGAAGUACGGAGCCGACGCAGUUGUUCUCUCGAACCACGGUGGACGACAGCUUGACUAGUGCGUUUCUCUCCCACAUCCCUUCUCACCGUGAUCCCAACUACCAUAUCCCAGAAAAAGCCAAGCUAACCGGCAGCGCCCAGCCCCCGCUGAAAACGCUCUACGAUGUAAACCAGCACGCGCCCCACGUUCUUGGCCAGAAGGGCUUCAGCGUCUUCCUCGACGGCGGCGUGCGACACGGCACCGACGUGCUCAAGGCGCUGUGCCUGGGCGCUAACGCCGUCGGUCUCGGCCGGCCGUUCAUCUACGCCGCUGCUGGGUGGGGAUCCGAGGGCGUCGAGAAGGCGUGCAUGCUCCUCGAGGAGGAGAUUGAGAUCGGCAUGAAGCUCCUUGGCGUCACGAGGCUGGACCAGCUCGGACCGGAGUACCUCGACACGAGCAAGCUGUAG